AUGAUGGAGAUGAUGAAUAUGGUAAUGAUGGUAAUAACGAAAAUUGUAAUGGAAACGAAAAUGUUGCAAAUGAUUAUGGAAAUGACGGAAAUGAUAAUGACGAGAAUAAAGUUGAUAAUGACGAAUAUAAUGAAAGUGAUGACGAAUACGAUGAAGGCGAUGUCGAAUAUGAUGAUUGAAAUGACGAAAAUGAUGAUUAUAUUUACGAAGAUGAUGAAGGGGAUGACGAAUACGAUAAAAUGUGUUAACGAAAAUGAUGAUAGAAAUGACGAAAAUGAUGAUGAAAAUAAUGAUGGUAGUGACGGAAAUGAUGAUGAUAAUGACGAAAAUGAAGAUGGAAACGACAAAAACGGAAACGGUAAAGACCAGAAUUUUAAUGGUAACGAAGAUGAUAAUGACGAAUUAAAGGUGAUGAAUACGAUGUAG